GCAUCUUGUCUUCCUUCUGUUUCGUCUGUUCGGUGGCUUCUGUUGGUGUGUGGAGGUGCCGAGAAGGAAAAGGGGAGAAGGGAGAGGAGGAGGGCGGAGAUCGCCGGAUCAUCAUGUGGUGCCAAUCGUGCCGGGAGGAGUACGAGGAGAGGGACGCGGGAACGUGCAAGGAGUGCUAUGAAGAGGCCAGCGAGACGGAGGAGGAGCUGAAGCGCGAGAUCGACGACCUCAAGUCCAAGGUCGCCUUCCUCCGCCUCGCCACCCCCCACGACCUCGUCUCCACCACCGACCUCGUCCUCCACGCCUCCUCCUCUACCUCCCCUUCCUCUCCCUCCAAUCCGAAUUCCUCACUCUGCACCACCCCCGCCGUCCCCGCCCACCGCGCCGUCCUCAUUAGCAGGUCUCCUGUUUUCAAGGCAAUGCUGGAGAAUGAGAUGGAGGAGAGCAGGAGCGGCAUAAUUAAAAUCUAUGAUGUCUCUUAUGAUGUUCUUCGGUCCUUUGUCCACUACUUGUACACGGCAGAAGUGCUCCUUGACGAACAUAUGGCUUGUGACCUCUUGAUCUUGGCUGAGAAAUACCAAGUGAAGCAUCUGAAGAUCUUCUGUGAGAAGUUCAUGACAUCCAAAGUGAACAGUGAGAAUGCCGUUGCAAGUUAUGCCUUCGCCCAUCGGCAUAACGCCAAGCAACUGCUCGAGGCCUCCUUAUCACUGAUAAUGGACAACAUGGCCACACUGACAGAACGCGAAGAGUACAAGGAACUUGUGGAGAAGGACCCACGGCUUGUGGUGGAGAUUUAUGAAGCCUACCUCACUAGGCAGGUCAAUACUGCGGCCAAGGAUUUAACGUUGCAACCAUAGGAUGUAGAAACUGCAACCAGGAAAGACGGAAGUGUUCGGUUCAAGUAUUACUUGCUUUUGAGGAAAAUGUUAUGAACAUUUUGUUGAUUUAUAUUCAUUGAUGGUUCUCUCGAGCUGCUUUUUGUGACACUCUUGAAGUUGUAUCGAUGUUGUGCUGCUUGUGGCCCCAUGACAAAUGUCUUUUGGCCAUUGCUUCUGUUAGGGAUAAUGCCUGCAAACAGGUGCUUGUACCUUCUAUUUGAAGAUAAUUUAUUAACCUUUGAGACA